GACUUCCUUUGUUGCGUUGGAUAUUUUUUGGUGUUUUUUUUUGCAGGUGGCUGUCUUUGAAAAACCUUAUUUUCAGCGGUUGGAGUGCCUGAACACUUCGGACCUGCACUUUGGUUGAUGGGUGGCAUGGUGCAAAGCUGUCCAUGAGAGUCGCGGAAAACUACUCAUAUAUGCGUAAGCCUACGUCUCGUCGAAUCGUAUGGGUAGCCUUUGCCCGGCUGUGUACUUUGAUCUUUCCCGACAUUGUAUUGAAAUAUGUCGGUGAUUUGCAAACUUCGACUGCUCGUCAUGCUUGGCGUGAAAAGAUCGCCAUGUGCGUAAUCUUUCUUUCACUCUCAGCUUUACUGUGCUUUUGGCUAGAGUACAUCUCCACUUUAUUCUGCGACGUCGAAGUUCUUUACAAAUACAGUGAUGUCUUUGCCCCCGAUUCCAAAUACGCCGCCAUUAACGGGAAAGCCGUCAAUCUUUCGUUUGCUGCCGAUUCUUCCUGGGUAGCAGCUCAAGUCAGUCAAUACCCUCAUCACGACUUAUCCUCCAUGUUUCCCACGUUUAUGAUGCUCCAACGCUCAUCUCCGCACUCGCCUUAUUACAGCGGCAUUCUCGAACGAUGUAUUGCUGGUCAGGGCCGGACCCAGCAGGCUGAUAACUGGUUAGCAUAUCGUAUUGGACAAGAUCCGGGAUAUGCGUAUGAAAAUGGCCAUCUCAUGUGCCCUCUGCCGGAUGACCCGACCAUCCCCGGUGUCCGUUGUGUUUCCCGGGCCGACAAUCCUUUCAACUUUGAAAGUAUAGGAGCAGAUAUUCUGUACAGUCCCAAAUUGAUCCGGGAAGAAUUCAAUAUGUUGCCUUCUCCCAAAAACCGCACCAAACGAGGCUAUGUCAUUCUCAAUCAAGAAGUUCUUGAUGUGACCGAUUAUUUGGAAGCCGCGACCAAUGUGGUGAAUAUUUCGGCUUCCAUGACCUCUCGAGCAUUUGCGCUGGAUCGCAUGUUCCUCCCUUUAGAUCUUUCCAUCCUCCUUUAUAUCAACCUAGGCAACGAUAUCACGGACUACUUUCGAGGCAACACGUCCGAUCCCGACCUGUAUCUACCCUGCCUUCGCACCUUGUUCUUCCAAGGCAUCACCACCGACGAUCCUCCCGAAAGAGGAUGUUAUCGAGUCAAUCCCGCUCUUUUCGCCACCUUGGGACUUGGUCUGUUGUAUUUCCUGAUCAAAAUGAAUCUCGCCAAUUUAUCACGUAUCUCGUUUUUUCGACGGUACUUGUCUCCAUCCUUCACGCAUCGUCCAUGCAACAACCGCAACCAAUGGCCCUAUACCAUCUUCAUGAUUCCUUGCUACGCAGAACCGGCCCACAUCAUCAAGCAGACAUUCGACCCACUAGCACGAACCAGUUACGACGAUACCAAAAAACUCUUGGUGUUUGUGUGUGAUGGAGUGACCCAGAGUCAGAACGAAACCAAGCCGACGUAUGCUUGUAUUUUGGAAUCGCUCGGUCACAGUGGCACCGAAGAAGCGUUGCCGCAGUUGUACGUCUCCCUCGGUCACGGACCGCUCAAAGUGAACCGGGCCAAGAUCUAUUCAGGCUAUUACGAAACGGGAGGCAAUCGUGUCCCUUAUCUCGUGGUAGUCAAGAUUGGUCAUGUCAAUGAAAUCGCGCAAAGGGGACAUGCUCCAGGCAAUCGCGGCAAACGCGAUUCCAUGGUCAUGAUUUUUGGAUUUCUUGAACGAUGCAUGAAUCUGGCCAACAACCGGAUGACCCCACUGGAAUACGAACUAUUCAAUCAUUGUUACAGCGUUUUGGGCAUCGAUCCACGCGAAUUCAAGUAUCUACUCAUGACAGAUGCCGAUACCCAAGUACAAGGCGAUGUACUACAAAAACUGGUGUGUCGGCUGGAGAACGAUCGCAAAAUGCUGGCGAUUAGUGGCCAUGUUCGACCAGCCAAUCCCGAGGAAAAUCUCAUUACCAUGCUACAAAUCUUCCCACUUCAUUGGACCUUUUUCUCCGGAUUAGCUUACGAAACAUGCCUGCGCAGCUUAAUGACGAUCAAUGGCAGUCUUGUCAUGUACAAAAUAUGGACAGAAAACCUCCCGCCAGCCCUCGAGAGCAACGAGAAACCAGCGUUUCGUUGGUGGUUCAAACCCACCAGCAGUGACACCACCUCACAACGUGCCAUCUGGCAUUCGAAAUGGCCCAAAGUUAGUGACGAGAUUAUCGAUUCCAAUCCGUCUUCCUUGAGAAACACGCAACCGAGCCUACAAAACGAUCGAGCUUCCACCACGACCUCCGGCCUCGACUCACGGCUUUCGCUGUCACUGGAUCCCGAAAAAAGACCUUGCUGUAUCCAUCCCACCGUCCUACGAGGUUUCGCAACGCCCCAGGCCGAUACCAUGCAUAUGCAAAAUGUCCUUUUGCAAGGGGAAGAUCGGUAUCUUGCAACUGUUCUUUUGCAAUCGCAUCCUCGUCAUCAUCUCGGGUUUGAAGCCGAAGCGAUCGGGUACGCCACACUACCUACUACGUUUUCCGCAUUGCAAGGCCUGCAGGUGCGCAACAUCAGUGCCGUUUUUCACAACCAACUGGAGAUGCAUCGCGUCUCGAGACACCUCGGAUUCCGUUACUGGUUAUUAUCAGCGACCGAAAUUGUCAAUACCAUCUUUUUACCCUCCGUCAUUGCGUACCUUUACACAGUGUAUAUCCGAUUUCUGUUAACCUACUGGUUAUCGUACGCUAUCAUUGCUGGAAGCUUCAUGAUCCUCUUUGCACUGCACAUUGUGUAUUUCCUUCUCCGUCGUCAAUUCAAGUAUGUCAUGUGGUUUAUCCUGUAUUGCUUGCUGUCGGUGCCAUUGUUCAUGGUUUGGUUCCCAAUCCUGGCCUUGUGGCGGAGCGAUCAAGCCACGAAUUGGUACGAUGUGUGGGCAAGUAACCACGCCAGCGGUUCGCGACCCCACGGCGCCUUUUACGACCACGAGGAAUCGCACCACGCAUCCGAAAAGGAAGAGUUCGACACGGAUACGGUGGACGAGGACAGUGUACCACGCAUGCGCCUCGGUGAAUAUGAAGCCGCCGAAGCCCAUCGUUCUUACCGCGCUGCCGAAGUCGCUCUCGAUUCCAAAUUUACCGGCUUCACCAGCUUUGGUAAUGCUCGGGACAGUUUCUACUCCACGAUGUCGACGCAACCCACAGGCUUUGGACCAGCGGGUGAUGCCACCAACGCCAUGAUCUCCUCGUUCCCUCCAGCUCAGCUACGCGACAACCUGUCGUCCAACAACCUCAAAGUCCCCGCAGAUAUGUACAGCACGUCAAUCAACAUCGAAACGACGCGCAGCCGACAUCGAUUCAAUUCGGUAAACAAGGACAAUCGGAUGAUGACGCCUGCUCAAGCAGACAGAGCCGGUUCGCUAUCUGUAUUACCCGAUAACCCGUUUGCCGAUCCGUUGCAUGUCGUGAUGGAUAAUCCGUUUGAUGACAAUUACGCCAUCUCCUUGCGACGUCAAGGGUCACAGUUUCAGAACGCGACACAACAACAAGGCACAUCUCGACGGGCCCGCGGAGGCCAUCGUUCGAACCAUUCGCAAUCUUCUUAUUUCACGCAUCAAUCCUACAGCAGCCGCGAGGACACGGUCCACCGUCGGAACAUGGAUAUCUCGCCUUACGCAACAACGAACAGUCGGACGGGUGGAAGAGAGACCGAUCUCGGGCAUGCGCGAUCGUUUUCCGCCGACAGUGUGAUGAAUCAGGAUAGUGCCAUCAAUGACCGAGCAUCACUGUUCUCUGUUAUUUCACAAACCAUGUCAUUGGCCAGUUCGAGUCUCAGUAUUGAUCCCGAAGCGUCCUUGGAAAAAAGCCACGGCUCAUCAUUCAUAGGCCAAGAUCAAGCGUGGGGACAUGAACAGGAUGAAGGUCGUCGUACCGCGUGCCAUGGAAAUGUCGGUUUGAAAAUUCCGCAUCAUGCGAACCUUUCCAACGUGAGCGUGCGGGACGGAGCCAUGGCCUCAGGACUACCGCAUCGGCUAGCAUACCAUCGAGCCGCCCCGCCCGCCCCACCGCCCGUGCCGUCACCCUCAGCCUCAGCCUCAGCUUCCAAACCGUUGGGAUUGUCAAUAAAAAGAUCCAGGGAGAAUGCAAUACUAAAUGUUCACGAGUUUCGCGAAGCGGUAAGGAAAGAAAUUCGACAGUACUUGCAACAAGUCAACUUGGAUUUGACGACACGAUCCGAGGUCAAAGAUCAUUUAUUCAAACGAUUCGGUCAGCGAAUUGAGCAAGAUGAAACAAUCCAAGCGUUUAUCCAUCAUUGUAUUGAAAAUACUACAUUAGAAUACCUUAACCAGCACCAUUCACCGUAAAUACAUAUAUCUUUUUUUAAUAGCAUUUCUUGAGCAGUUACCAAUAAAAAUACCUACUGUAUGAAAA